AUGCAUUCAACCCCUGAGCUUCCGUCCUCAUCGCACCAUUCAAAGGGCUGCAACUUCUGCUCUGCUAACAAACACGGACGCUCAUCGCCGGCGGCACUGAAUUCUGGGAUUGUUUGGGGUUUCGGAGCAACUGAGAGAGAAAGCAAGAAUGUGAACGAGAAAAGGCGCCGCGGUGGAGGACAGGAAAGCCAGUUUGGGGAGGACAUUUCCUCUUCAAAGCAUCUGUUUUACAACACCAUCAUUUCUUUGCUCCCUGGAAAAUGGAUCGUCAUCACGUGUUUGAAGCUGCUGCUGUAUUCGGCCCCUAUGGGGUUCUCAGAUUCCCUGGCUCUUCAGGAGCGUGGAGAACAGCCUCAUUGGUGUGUGGUGGCGUACUGGGAGGAAAAGACCCGCGUUGGGCGCCUCUACUCCGUCCAGGAGCCAUCGCUGGACAUCUUUUAUGACCUACCUCAGGGCACGGGCUUUUGCUUGGGCCAGCUCGCCUCUGACAACAAGAGUCAACUGGUGCAAAUGGUUCGGGCCAAGAUCGGCUACGGCAUCCAGCUCAGCCGUGAACCCGACGGCGUGUGGUUAUAUAACCGGAGUUGCUACCCCAUAUUCAUCAAGUCAGCCACACUGGACAACCCCGACUCGCGUACGCUGCUGGUGCAUAAAGUAUUCCCCGGGUUUUCCAUCAAGGCCUUCGACUUCGAGAAGGCGGGAAGCCUACAGCGUCCCAACGACCACGAGUUCAGCCAGCAGCCUCGGACGGGCUUCACUGUGCAGAUCAGUUUCGUGAAGGGCUGGGGGCAGUGCUACACCAGACAGUUCAUCAGCAGCUGCCCCUGCUGGCUGGAGGUCAUAUUCAAUAACCGAUAACAGCGAGCCCCGCCCCCAUUCCUUCAUCGCCAUGGAGACGGACUAGCCCUUACCUUUUAUGGACUGUUGUUUUUCUGUUUUGUUUUUCGCAAGAAGUUCUCCAGAAGAUGUUUUACAAGAGAAAUGGAAAACGAAAACUCACUUUGACUUGUUUAAUAAAUGACUAAGAUUUAAUUGUGAAAUAAAAGCUAAAAUGUAUUUUAUGUUAAAUAUAAAUAUAUUAUUACCUGUAAAUACGAAGUUUUAUAUGCAUUGUUAUUUAUGUAUUGUGCAAUGUGUUGAUGAGAAAAAGAGAUGCACUUUGCUUAAUAUAAAUGCAAACAAAGAAAUGCCAAAAUAAAAGAAAAAAUACU